AUGACAACCAGGGCCUUGGAAGAGUUGGAUGGAGGCCUGGGCAGUUGCCAAGUGGACGAGGACCUCUCUGCACUGGCUGACCCCUGCCCAGGCCAGCCCCGGGAGGACAGGGCUCAAGCGACAUCCAGGCUGGCCGACUCCAGCAGCUGGCCCCGUGAUUCUCAGGAGCCGGCCGCUGAGGGCAGCCCCGCAGGCGGUGUGGAUGCUUGGCCCAAGAAAACAGAAAAGGAGCCUGUGGCCAAAGUGGCCUGCGGGCCUGGCCCCCGGAGCCCCGCGCAGAAGAAGGCGCAGGCCGCGCCGCCCUCGCAGCCGCCCCCCACGCCCCCGGUCCUGAGCGAGGAGCUGCUCUGGGGACACCUGACGCUCAACAAGUGCCUGGUGCUCGCCUUGCUCGUGGCGCUGCUGGGCUCCGCCUUCCAGCUGUGCCGCGAGGCCGUGGCGGGGGAGGCGGAAGCCCCUGCGCCUGUCCCUGAGCCGUGGGUCCCGCCAAGCUCGUCCCUGAAGGAGCCAGCGUCACCCAUGCCAAAGUCCGUGGCCUGGGCCCCCCCACUGGGACCGCCCGAGCCCCCGGUGAAAGUAGAGGAAAGGGCUGCGGUUCCCAGGAGCAGCGGGGCUGCAGAGAGCGUGCCGCUUGCCGACCGAGGGCCCAAGGAGAAGCGGAGGAAGGCGGAGAGGCUGAGAAAGGAGAGGCCCCAGAAGGAGAGGCCACAGAAGGAGGAGAGGCCGAGGAGGGAGAGACCCCGGAAAGAGGAGAGGCCGCGGGCUGCCGGGGAGGCCCUACCGCGACGCUGGGAGGCGCGCGAAGGGGGCCAUUGGGCAUGGGCGGGAGAGUCUGGAGACCCCGAGCAUAGGAAGAGGCAGGCCUGGGCCUCCCCGCGGCACCCCGACGAAGAGGACCAGCCUCCCGGCCGCCAGAAGCACCACGCGGGCAAGAGGCGGGACUGA